GAAGAAGAAACAAUCUAUUUUUUGGAAAGGAAGAAAUAAGAUCAGAGAGAGAACGAGACAGAGAGAGGGAGAAAGAAAAGGAGCGGGACAGGGAACCUGAAGGAACUAAUCAAAGGCCAUCUUUUCCCUCGGAAAGCGGGAGAGACGGAGGAGAGAAAGCAGAGGCGGCAGACACACGUGCCGAACAGAGACCCUCGGCUCACCGUCCGGGAGGAGAGCGUGCGUGUGUGUGUGUGUGAGAGACAGCGGCAGUCCGCGCGGCGCGUGUGUGAGCGAGCGUUUGCGUCUCUGCGGCGCGGGAGAGCGCGUGCGUGCGGCAGGCGAGCAUCAGACGAAGCCGGGCGUGUACAUGAAGGCGUGCGCGAGUUUGAUGGGACAGUGAGACAUGCCUUCAGCGACGCAUCAGCGGCCCUGGGGCGGGAGACGGAACGCUCCUCUCUCCCUCCACCUGCUCUUUCUCCUCUCAUCCCUCCUUCCAGGGCCUGUCCAGGGGGCUAUCCAUAUCCCCCUCAAAUUGAAGAAACCGCCAGAGAUCACCACCCAGCCAAAUUCAUCCACAGCCUUUCCUGUUGAUGACAUCACUCUCAUCUGCAAUGCCUCUGGGAAUCCUCCGCCCACGUUUCGCUGGACUAAGAACGGGACGUGGUUUGACCCCACCAGUGACCCUGCGAUUUCGAUCGGGGAUAAUCCGGGAACAUUCACGGUGGUGACACCCGACCCGGCCGAAGAGUACGAGGGGAUGUACCGCUGCUACGCCUCCAACGAGCUGGGAACCGCCGUCUCAAACGCAGCCCGGGUCAUCAUCGAGAAUAACCCCACCUUGCCGAAAGACAAGAAGGUGCAAAUGGAGGUGGAGGAGGGGCGCAGUGCGGUCCUCAACUGCAACCCCCCCUUUAGCACUGUCCCUCCACACAUUCACUGGAUGGACAAAGGACUGAAGCAUUUCGAGCUGAGCGAGAGAGUGACCACCAGCCUGGAUGGCAGCCUGUACUUCGCCAACGUGAUCGCCAAUGACAGCCGGACCGACUACACCUGCAAUGCCCAUUACAUUAGUGCCAGGACUAUCCUAGCCAUGGAGCCUAUAUCUCUCACGGUUCACCCUUCUAACGCUGUUGUAAGCAGCAGGAUGCCCAGGCUGCUGAGUCCCUCUACAGGCCGCAGCUCUCAUCUGGCCUUGAGAGGCAAAGGUCUGGUGCUGGAGUGCAUCCCAGAAGGACUCCCUACUCCCACUGUACAUUGGGUGAGAAUGGAUGGCACUCUCUCCACAUCUCGCACCUCCAAGGAGAAACACGGCAGGUGGCUGGUCUUCAAGAACAUCUUAGAAAGUGACGACGGGGAGUACGAGUGCAUAGCCACAAACUCGAAUGGCAAAGCCAAGCACUCCUUCACCGUCACUGUGGAAGCGGCUCCUCACUGGACCAAGAGGCCUGAGAGCCACCUGUAUUCCCCCGGAGAGACGGUGCGAGUGCACUGUGAGGCCAACGGCAUCCCCACGCCCAAAAUCACCUGGAGCAUGAACGGGAACCCCAUUUCAGCCAUUGACCCGGAAAACAGGCGUAGAGUCCAUGGAGGGGCUUUAAUACUCAGAGAAGUUGAGUACGGUGACACAGCAGUUUACCAGUGUGAGGCAAACAACAAGCACGGCACCAUCCUAGUCAACACCUUCAUCUAUGUGAUAAACCUCCCUCCUCAGAUUCUGACAGACGAUGACAAGGUAUACAAAGUCACCGAGGGGCAGACCGCCGGCCUGGAGUGCAACACCUUCGGGUCCCCUCCACCCAAGGUCACAUGGGGGGACUUGGUACUCUCCGACCCCCGCAUGUCCCUCCCGCCCGGCGGCUCCCUGCAGAUAAGCAACACCUCCAUGGAAGACGCUGGCUGGUAUAACUGCUCAGUGCUCAACAGCAACCUGUCAAUCACAGCCCAGCUACAGGUGUUCAACCGGACAGUGAUCAUGCCCCUCCCUGAGUCUCAGCGAGUUCGCCCCGGACAGUCGGCCAACAUCACCUGCCUCGCCCGCAUUGACCCCCAGCUGAGAAUCGAGCAGACACAGUGGAGGAAGGCCAGACAGAAGCUUGCAGAGUCCACUGACGACAGGUACACAUUCAAGGACUCCUCCUUCAUGAUUAAAGAUGUGGAGUAUAAGGAUGAGGGGAAGUACACCUGUGAGGUCAUGACAAGUCUGGACAUGGCCAAUGCCACCGUUUCUAUCAUUGUAAUAGACAAGCCCGAUCCGCCAAGGAACCUGCAGGUCAUCAAGCACCAGGACCAGAACAGCCGCACCCUCCACUGGACCCCCGGAGACCAUCACAACAGCCCCAUUCUGGAGUUCAUUGUGCAGGCUGAGGAGCAGCGGUAUACAAAGGGGGAAUGGGUGAACAUGACUAGCGUCCAGGGAGAUGUCCUCCACACGGACGUCCACCUCCAUCCGUACGGCAUCUACCGCUUCCGCAUCCAAGCCGUUAACGAGUACGGAGCCAGCGAGGAAAUGGAGCCGUCGGCCCUUCAGGAGAUACCCGCUGCCGCUCCUACUGAGAACCCAGAGGAAGUUCACAGUGAGUCUGUUGACCCGGAUACCUUGGUGAUCCAAUGGAAGGAGAUGCAGAAGCUCAGCCACAAUGGUCCCGGGUUCAAGUAUAAAGUGAUGUGGAAGAGGCAGUCUGACAAGGUCACACACUGGCAAGAAGCCGAGGUCCACAAGCCCGAAUUGAUUGUCAAGGAAGCAGGAACCUACACGCCAUUUAUUGUCACAGUGCGGGCUGUCAAUGAAAUAGGGGAAGCACAAGCUGGCCCCCAGGAAGUGGCUGUUCAUUCUGGAGAAAAUUAUCCUGAAGCGGCUCCCUCCGGUGUUCAUGUGGAGCAGCUGGACCGCUCCAACGGCAGGUCCUCAGCAGUGAAGGUGAAGUGGACCGCUGUGCCCCCCAAGACGGUGCGCGGCCGCCUCCAGGGUUACAAGAUUCAUCUUAAAUGGCUGGGUUACCAGGGCAACGGCAUAGGCCAUUUGCAGCGAGGGAGGAGAGAGAGUAGAGAGAGGGAGCACAAGACCAGGAUUGUGGAUGUCAAGGGGUCCAAGGAGGAGGAGGAGUUGGAGGGCCUGCAACUGUACUCCCACUAUAACGUCAGCAUCACUGCCUACAACAGCAAGGGAGAAGGACCCCAUUCCGAGCCACACUGGUUCAAAACGCCCGAGGGAAAGCCGGGCCUCCCUGCCUCCUUGGACUUUUCCAGUGCCACUGAGACAGAACUAACCCUCCACUGGACACCACCAGCCCAGAUCAAUGGGGUGCUGAUGGGAUACCUACUCCAGUACCAAGAGAUUCAGAGUAAUGAGACCCCUUUUCAGGUGGUGUCUAUUGACGACGCGACAGCCACUCACUUCACUCUUCGGUCUCUGAACCCUCAAAUCCAGUACCGCUUCUACCUGAGCGGCCGAACGGGCGCUGGAGAGGGCCACUCCAUCACCAAGGAGGCUGCCACCCUGCUGGACGGAGUCCCUCCCUCCAAUAUCAACAUAUCCGCCGGAGAGACGUACUUCAACCUGAGCUGGGUGCCGGGAGAGAGGCACAGAAAUGUGGAGUUCAAAGUUCAGUACCAGAGAAACAGCGGUGGCUCAAAGAAGAUGGAGACAAUAGCAAACUCUAGUCAGUCCUUCUUCCGGAUAAUGCAACUGGAACCAGGCACCUGCUAUAACCUGACAGUCAUCUACAGCAAUAAAACACACUGGUCCACAGAAUACAAGACUGACGGUCCAGGCGUGUUUGAAGUGAAGGGGAACUUUGCCACUCAGGGCUGGUUCAUUGGCCUCAUCAGCGCCAUCGUGCUGCUGCUGCUGGUACUGCUAAUUUUGUGCUUCAUCAAGAGGAGCAAAGGCGGCAAGUACUCAGUCAAGGACAAGGAAGAGGGGCAGGUGGAUUCCGAGGCUCGGCCCAUGAAGGACGACACCUUUGGGGAGUACAGUGAUAAUGAGGAGAAGCGGACUCCCAGCCAGCCCUCGCUGUGCGUGGAGAGCAAGCUGGGGAGUGAUGACAGCCUGGCGGAGUACGGCGACAGCGUGGACAUCCAGUUCAACGAGGACGGCUCCUUUAUCGGCCAGUACAGUGGCCACCGGGACGGCCCGGGCCCCGGGGGGCCCGAUAGCUCAGGGGCCACCUCCCCGGUCAACCCCUCCGCCGUGGGGCCCCCCAGCCUCCCCACCUCCAUCACCGGCCUUAUGGGCAGAGCCAACUAGACGGGCCGACGUCCUCCUCUCUCGCACUCCACACACCGACCGACCCGACCGACCUUCGACCGUGACCGUGAGGCUUACAACCGACCAACUGACCCGCUCCGCGCCCGCACACACACCUCUCUGACACACUGCCGUACAGACGGGGAGAACUCUGGGACCGACACACGCAGACCUGAGUGACGCCUUGACCUCGACUCGACCUUGAAAAGCGCCGACAUUCCUGCGCGAUCGACUGAAAACCAGUACGUGCAUCUAAUUAACUGUCCUGUUUACAAGUUUGACUUGGCCUUCUCCAGGUAGCUGACAGAGUGUUCUUUAGUGACAUUUCAAAGGCAUAACACCCCCUCUUCUCUCUCAGAACUCCCUGUCUUCAGUUCAUCCUGGUGUCUCACCCACACAUACUACAUCAGUACUUACUCUACAGUAAGAUAAGGACCUGCUAUUCUGGGAGAGAUAGAGGCCAGAGUGCAGCAGACAUAAUGCGGCCCUGUCAUUACUACAGUAACGGAACAGAACCCUGUUGUUCCUAUGGUACGGCAACAGAACCCUAUUGUUACUACAGUAACCAAAUAGAACCCUGUUGUUUCUCCAACAAGAGAACAUAACCCUGUUGUUACUAUGGCAACAGCAAAGACCCCUAUUGCCAGUACAGUAACCGAAAAGAACCCCGAUGUUAAUGCAGUAAUAGAAUAGACCCCUGUUGUUACUGUAGUAACAAAAGAGAACCCUGUUGACACUGUGUUAGUAAAAGCGGAACCCUGUUGACACUGCAGAACCCUGUUCUUCAUGCAGUAAUAGAACAAAAUGCUGUUGUUAGUGUAGUAACACAGCGAGUUUCGGUAGGAUUGAGAGAGUGAGGACAAAAUGAUUAAAGAGAGAGGAUGGGGACCGUGGGUAUAAGCAUGGUAAACCUCUUGAGUGUAAUAUAGUAACGUUUCAUCAAACCAUGAUCAUUUUAAGGGCCCUUUCUGUAUGAACUGAGUGUCUUAAAAUGUUUGCCAUCUUCAUUUGAGAGCCAUAGAGACCCUCUCGGCUUGGGGUGCCUGAUUGCUUUUGUCUUGGUUAUUAUUUUAGGGCGCCAAGCACCACAGAGGCAAGGGCCUCUUGUUUUUGUCAGUUCUAUUUUAGCAUUUUAAUUAUUAAUAUCCUUGCUAUUGCUCCGUUGCUUUGGAAAUGACUGUGUAAGCUCUGAAAACCUCUGCAAUCGCACCAUAUUUUUCAAGCUUCUAGAAAUAAAACGUUGUCAGCAUGUGCGUCAUACAGUCAAAAAAACCUUGACCGGACUGGUUUUAAUGCAGAAUUGCUGCAAGUCUUUCAAUUGCGUUUACUCGCAAACAUUGCAUUUUUGAGAGGUAGUCACAUUUCUGGCUGGUUAAACAGUAGCUUUACAGCAACCGUGCUGCUACUGCGCUGAAUUGGCUUUUGAUUUCUGGAUGUCGAACAUGGUUACAAAUCUCCGUGGGCCGUGGGAUGUCAGCAGGUCACCUAAAAUGGCCGCCGCCUGGAUUCAGUAGGUCGCACGGAUUUGCAGCUCUGUGUCUCAGUGUUUGUUGUCAUUUCUUUGGAAGUGCACUUCAAAAAGCAUGAACAUUAAACACAUGAAUAUCUGACAUUAGAUCCCAAGCAUGACAUCAGAUUCAGGACCAGCUCCUUAUAAAACAUUUUUUCCACAAUCAGUUUGAGGUGACCAAUAACUGCCAGGUCUACACUGCCUCGGUUUUUUAAAAGGAGAUAGCUAGACAGCUGAUGCUAAAUCCUGUCUCUGGUGAGGUUCCCUAAGUGCUCUGAGUUAGAUGCAUCUGUGCCUGUGUAUUUCCUAGUCAAGGCUCUUUUGUAUUUGAUGAUUUUUCAGCAACGGCAAAGUAGACUAAUGGAUACCACAACAUCCGAAAAUUAUUUUAGAGCAAACAUUUUCUAAAUUUACAUUUACAUUUUAGUCAUUUGGCAGAUGCUUUUAAUCCAAAGCGAUUUACAAGUGCGAAAAUGAAAACUCAGCUAUUAAACUCAGAUUAUUCAAUUGAUGUCACAGGACAGGAAACACUAUUUAAUGGUUGCGGUUGCUGUAAUCAUUGUUUACUGGUUGUUGUUGCUAUAACCCUCUAGCGGAACUUUCAAUGGGCUUCAUAGCGACUGCAAAGUAUGCAAAGCUCUGUAUGUAAGCAAACCAUUGGCAAUUCUGAUAAUCCUGAAAUACAGCAUUUACACGUAAUGGCUUGGCAAACCCAACACAGUAUAUUUACUUUUAUUUUUCAGUGUACAGUCCCACAACAUUCCAUCAUGUGACGUUUUCUAGGGGUCUGUGGCACUAAUGCUUGGCCCUUGCUUUGUGCAGCUAUUAUUAUUAUUAUUAUUAUUAUUAUUAUUAUUAUUAUCAUCGCCAUUUAAGUGUCUUUAAAAUCAAAUGUAAAACUAUUGUCUUUAGCUAUUAUUAUUGCUGUUGUCAUCAAAUUUGAUUUUGUAUUUUGAUAUUAUUUUUAUAUUAUUUUGUUCAUAAAAGUCACUAUUUUGUUGAUUACCAGAUUUUACUUUAUUUUUGUGUAUUGAAUUCAUACAUUAAAUGUGAUUGUUAUAUUUUUGAGUCGUGAUAGAUGUUUUAUAUUUAGUUAUCUUGGGUUUAAUUUUUACCUGUUUGUCUUGUCUGUGUCUAUGUCCAUUUACAAAGUGUGUAUGUCUGCAUUUAACAUGUCUUACUUGUGUAUAACUGUUGUACCUGUAUGGAAGACCUAUAGCCUAAUAUAUUUCCAAUACUACACUGGCCAAAUCACAGAGAUCUGUAUGCUUCAAGCUAUAGAAAAUGAAAUAUUAUAUCAGAUGGUUAGAAACAAUUUAUGAUACAGCAGUUGUCCUGUAUGAAGUGUGUGGCAGUCAUGUUACGUGUGGUUAGGUGCUUUAUGUACAGUAGCAUUAACAUACUGCAUAUUUUGAGAUUCUUCCAUACCAACGCUCCUCUUGAUUUGCAUGUAUGCAGUCAUGGAUCAGGAGCAUCUUCUCCAUCUCCACUGUCUUUAUUCUACUUAUUUUUGGUAUGACUGUGUGAUUGUUUGCUGUAAUCCACACUGUCUCUUGUAUUUGGCCCGAUCACUGAGGUUCCUUAAACCGUAAGAUGCACUUGAAAAAAAAGGAAAAGGGGGGAGGGGCAAAGACACACUGUACAGUGUACAGUGUACGAUCAUAAAUUCUUCCCAAAGAAGUGUUUCUGUAAACCUUACAAAAAAGAGGAAAACAACUCAUAUUACAUAUUAAGUGUGUAAAUGUUUUUGAAAUACUGUCAGGCAUAUGAGGACAAUUUCAGAUAUAUAACAGGCAUAUCAGUACUGAUUCAGAUAUCGCAACAAGUACCAUUUCAUAUAACAUGCGGGCAUAACUAGUUUGUAUAUUGCGCAUUGCAUAUUAAAUGCGUACAUGUUUUUGAAAUACUGUCAGGCAUGUCAGUACUGUUUCAGAUGUCAUAAUGGAUACAUCAUUACUGCAAAUUAACAUUAUACGACAUGGACACGAAGCUUCAUAAAUAUUCUAAAUAUCCAAAAUAUUCUCCUCAGCUGCAUCUUAUGGUGAAAGAGGUCUCGGUGAAUCUGUGUGUGUCUGUAUAGGCCUACACCUGCCCUGUAUCACCUUAUGAUUUUUUUUUUUGUAGCGCUUUUAAUGUCACACCUUAUUUGUAUACCACAAUGGUGUCCUGAGCAACGUUUAAGGGAAGGAACAGGCGGGGGGGUGGGGGUUGGGGAACUGUGCUAUGUAACUGAUGAUGAUCUUCAUCCCGUCCCUGAUAACUAAGCUCUACCGACUGAUCUGUCCAGUAAAGUACGCUAAGCGUCGCUCUGACCACACGUUCAGUUAAAUAUACUGUAAAUUAAUUGGCUAGCACAAGCUGGCCCAUAUUGAAAUUGAUAAGCUAGCUAGAACAAUCGACGAUAGCUUAAAGGUUAGCGAACGACGCAUUGUUCGCACUCUGAUUCCCUUACUCUUUGUUGUCCAGCCACCAUUGUAGCACCACUCCUUGUUUAGAGUUGAGCCUCAGCCACCAGUCCUGCACCUCAUGGGAUACAAGUACACCGGCAGCAUCACUUCAUCACUGGUUAUGUAUCUGACCAUUGCACACACAAAUACAUACACACACACACACACACACACACAUACUGUACACACGUGAGUACACACAUACACACACGCACUUGCGCAAAAACACACAUGCAUACACAUAUAUACAAACACGUGCACAUGCACACGGCUCCAUGCAGGGUUUGCCAAAAAAAUAUAUAUAUUGUGGCGUCUUACAUACAAAUUAUAUUACACAUAUCAGACAAAGCAUAUGGACAGGAAGCAGAAGAAAAAAAUCUACAGCGAAUGUACUGAAUUUACAUGAAACUUUGCAAGGUUGACCGUUUUCGCAAUGAAGCAGGAUGGAGGUGCUGCAUUGAUAAGAGGAAUAAGGGUUGAUAAGAGGGAGAAAUCAGAUAAAAAAAUGGAGUAAGAAAUCUGAAAUGAUGCUUUCUGAAUGUAAAUAAAGUUCAAAAGAUUGUGUAAGUCACCAUUUCAUUGGGAUUUUUCCCUUUAAUUUUUUUCUGCUUGUAUUAUGUGUUUUAUUUUGGUUUAUUUCAUCAAACCUAGACUAUACGUGUUCAAUUGUCAUGAAAGACCAUACGAGGUCUUUGUUUGGUUUUCUGGUCCAUGUAGCCCAAUAGUAUCCUGGCUGCCUUCUAAAUACGUGAUCAAAAAGUACUAACCUCUCCACUCCAUUCGUGGUCAGCUAAAACUCCAUAGCAAUUAUCACAAAUAGAAGAAAUAAUACCAAUAAAAAUGAAGAUAUGAAUGAAA